AUGCCAAAAGACUUGAUGACCGCAUUUGUGAAUUACGGUGAGUUUAAUGGCAUAGCAAAUGAAGCAAAUAAACACCUCAAGGAUGCUGAAGAAAUGCCCUUUAAAUCAAGACUGGAUGAAAUGUGUAAUAUCGCAAAUAUUAACCUUGCAAUUAUUGAUAUGCUCGCUGGAUCAGAAGAAAUUAGUCGAGCUAGAACAACUAUUAAGGAAGUUCGAAAUUCAAUAAAUGCUAAUUAUCAAUUUGUUGGUACUGUGGAAACACUUUUAUUCGACUGUAAAUGA